GGCAACGCGAUAAACCUAAACAAACACAAACGCACAGUAAAUUAAAUGUAAAUCGUACACAUUUCUACAACUGAGAGCUGCGUAAUCCUACCAGAAACAGAAACCUACAAAACUUCACAAAAAGAUGGGAGACUGGAAAGAUUACAUUGGCACCAUUCUCAAGGAAAAGAAUGUGGAAGAUGCUGCCAUCGUUGGAUAUUCCGAUAACAAAUCGGUGUGGGCAUCCAAACCCGGCGGGCUCCUGGCUGCCGUUACCCCGCAAGAGGUUGAGGUGCUGGUGGGGAAAGAUCGGGCAAGCUUCCUGAACACUGGCAUUACCAUUGGGGGGAAAAAAACAUCAGUUAUAAGAGACAAUCUCUUGAAAGAUGAUGAUGCUGCCUUGGAUGCCAGGAUCAAAGGAGGCGACGGAAUGUCACUAGCUGUAGGAAAGACGGAGAAAGCUCUGGUAUUUCUCAUGGGUAAGAAGGGCGUCCACGGAGGGGUACUCAACAAGAAAGUUCACGAAAUGGUCAAGUACCUCAAAUCGAAAGGCAGCUAAGAAUAUUUGGGGAGACCUACUGUAAAGCAAAAAUACAACGUCCCUUCUGCGUU